AUGAGCUAUAAUAGAUUUAUAAUUAUUUUAAAAUGUUGGCACUUUGUAGACAAUAAUAUUGCUAGAGAUAAUACAGAUAGGUUAUAUAAAAUUAAACCGUUAAUGGAUAUGAUUUUUCAAAAAACACAAAAUUUGUACACUCCAGGAGGCACAUUAGUUGUUGACGAAUCUAUGAUAGCUUUUAGAGGAAGACUUUUAUUUCGUCAAUAUAACCCGUCAAAAUCCCAUAAAUAUGGUAUCAAAAUGUACAAAUUGUGUACACCUGAAGGUUUUACAUGGGCUUCUAGUAUUUAUUGUGGUACAGGACCUACUUUAGGAACUCUGGAUAAGCCGGGAACAGUUGUGGUAAAUUUAGCUGAUAGUUUACUUGAUGAAGGCCGUUUGAUAAUAACAGACAAUUUUUAUACGAGUGUUCCACUUGCUGAAUAUCUUUAUGGCCGAAAAACUGAUUUGUGUGGUACUUUAAGAAAAAAUCGAAAAUGGCUUCCAGUAGAUGUAAAAGAAAAAAAAUUGAAAAAGGACAGUUUAUAG